AUGGACGCGGUCGAGCAGCGCCUGAGGAGCUCGAGCUUGACCGAGGGAGCUCCGCGUCGCUCCAACUCGCGCGUGUUCCUCGGCCUCGACGCCCUCCGCUCCAACGUCGCCCUCCCGAACCCUCGACGGCGGUCAAGCGGCGGCCAGUCGGUCCAAGGCGGCGCCGGGUCCAUCCCUGGACUCGUACGCAGGGACAGCACGCGCGCGCCGACCCGCGCCAUCCCUUCCCCCGUCCCGUCGCCCAUUCCGCCCCAGUUCCGCACCCUCGACUCGUACAACGCGCGCAACGUCGCAGCCGCCCUCGACCAGAGCGCGAGCAGCGUCGACGAUGCGUGGCAGCAGGUCUGCGUCCGGGUCUUGCCCCUCUUCAACGGCGAGGGCAUUCGCGGCUUCGUCGAGGACCUCAACGCUCUCGUCACGAGCCACGUUCAACGGCGGUUCGCCCAGUCGCAGUCGGCCCGCCAACGCUCGGCCAACAACCCGUCGGUCAACGUCGCCUCGCUCGUCACGGGCCUCAUCAUCGCCGACCUGACCGACCUCAUCCGCGUCGGCCUCACCACCCUCGCGCACAAGCUCGCUCCACCACCACCAGCCCAGCCCCUCGACAAUGGCCGCCUCCUCGCCCGCCUCAACGAGGUGUGGCUCUUCUUCUUCACCGGCAUCGUGCCGCACCUGGAGGCCGUCUUCUGGGUCCUGCGCUCCGACGACCGCCUGCGGGCCGCCGUCGGGCACGAGGCGAGGUCGGCGCGCGAGCGAGAAGAAGGGCGCAUCGACGUGCGGCGCAUCGCCCUCAUCGAGUUUCGCGACGAGAUCCUCCACCCGGGCAUGGGCCGCCUCGUGCCCCUCAUCUCGGCCGUCUACCAGGGCGGCGUCAACCUCGACAGCGACGAGUCGAGGCCGGCGAGCCGGCGCCCGUCCGUCUCGUCGAGCUACCCGGCCGCAUCGCCGCCCGACAUCCGCCGUGCGCGCUCGCACCCUCAUCCUCCCUCUCGUCCCAUCUCGCCCGCCCUCGGCGCGUCGCCCGCACCUCCUCCUCGGCAUCCCCAACGCCAGUACUCGUCGCCGCCGCGCCUCUCGCCCGACCCCAACUACGUCUCGUCCUUCCUCCCCUCGAGCUCCGGCUCGGCGCGCCGAUCUCUCGCCGGCGCCCCAGGCGCGCCCGCCGCGACUACGGCGCAAGCCUUCGCGCGCAGGCGGCAGAUGGUGGCCGUCCUCGCGGCGCUGAGGACCGACGACGACCGCCAGGGCGAGAUGGACGCGCUCUUACGGCUCAUCCGGCCGGCGCCGGCGCCGAGCGGCGCGCGGUACCGCCCUCGUCGUGGCAGCAGCGCGUCGCCGUCGCCGUCGGGGCACGAGCAGCCGAAGAGCGGGUACAGCACGCCGGGCGAGCCGGCGUUCGCGCCUCGAGGCGGUGCGCCGUUCCAGGGCGACGAGGACGGCGACCUGCCCGGCUCGGGCGCCGUGACGGGCCUCACGGGCUCGCCGAUCGACGUGGUCGACGAGCCGUCGUCCAUCUCGUCGCACGGCGAGGGUGGCGACAUCCUGCCGGCGCCGGUCCGCGGCAGCGCCUUUGCGUCGCCCUUGCCGCGCGCGAUCGACGCCCGCCAGCGCCACCGCAGCCGCACGAUGGACUCGCUCGACGAGGAGGACGCGCACGCGCACCUCGCGCAGCCCUCGCUCGUGCCGCCCGUGCCGCAGCUGCCGCCGAGUCGAGCUAGCUCGGACGGCGUCGGCGGACCCGGCCAGGCCCUCUCGGCUGCCGAGCUCGCCCAGCUGCAGCGUGCCGCCUCGCCCGUCGCCGUCGGAGCCGCCGCUACCUCGAGCGCGAGCGCGGCGGCGAGCGCAGGCGUCAAGAAGGCCCGUCGCCGCUCGUUCCUCCCCGGGUUCAAGCGCUCCAACUCGACGGCGUCGACCUCGACCAACGCGAGCGGCGGCACGGCCAUCACCGACGGUCACAGCGACGACGAGUCGCUCGCCGUGCCAGGUGGGGCAGCAGGAGGAGCGGCCGGCGGCAUCCGCGGGGACAAGCUGCGGCGCGGGCUUCUGAGGAGGAACUCGUCGCGGCGGGCGGUCGAGCUCGUCGGUGCGGGUGCGGCUGGACCGGCGCUCGGUGCGGCAGGAGGGUUUGCGGUCGAGGACGACGAGUGA